AUGGGUAAACGAGGACGUCCACCGAAAAGAAAAGUUGUUCCGGCUACACCUGCAAAAGAGGAAGAAUGUUAUACAAUAUUAAGUAGUGAUGAAGAAAUUGGGAAGAAAGAUGAAACAUUACGUUUACCAUCUCCGAGCCAACGACGAGGAGCAGGAAAUGAACGCGGUGGUACAAUUAUUAUUACACCGCCAGAUCGAACAUCAUCUUCGAAGAAUAUCACUGAAAAAACAACACCAGUAACAAGAAAGAGUCGUCAGAAAAAGAAAAUAAUACUUAAUGGCAAUAACAAAAAAGAUAAUACAUCCGGUGAUAGUGAUGCUACGGAAGUAUAUUCUGUUAGUAAUGAUGAUGAUGAAGAUUACAAUGAAAAAAUUACAAAGACUACACCAUCAAAACGUGGGCGUAAACCAUUACCACUUAAAGUUAAUCAUGAUCUAUCAGAAAAUAGUGAUGAUGAUUUAGUUUAUUCACGACGUUCAUUGGUUAAACCAAAAAAACGUCAAAAAACUCCAUCAUCAUCAUCGAUAUCCAGUGGUGAUAGUCAAUCAGCAAAACGUGCUCGUCCACCUACACCAACAUUUAAACGUGCAAAAGGAAACAAGAAGAAGAAAGAUAUCGAUGAAACGUCAUCAUCAGAGGAUGUUGUUACUGAUGAAGAUUAUAAUACAGAUGUUGAAAAAAUGGAUGAUAAUGCAUUAAUUGAAAAAACUGAACGUCGAAUGUUAAAUGAUGAAGAUUUAACACAUAUGACAAAGAAAGCAUUAGAAGAUGAACGAAACCGUGUACAACGUAUUCAAGAACGACAAUCACAAUUACCACCAUCUUCACAAAUUUGUAUCGAUGAUGAUGAAAUAUCAUUUGAUGGUGAUACAAAAAAACCAGAAGGAGAAAAUGAAGCAAAAUUAGUUUUUGAAUUUGAUCCUACGACAGGUAAACCACUUAUCGCCGUACUUCCAGAAUUAGUGGCGAAAAUGAAACCACAUCAAUUGGAUGGUACUAUGUUUCUAUGGGAUAAUGUUUAUGAAUCAAUUGCACAAAUUAAAAAAGAUAAUACCGGUACUGGAUGUAUUUUAGCACAUCAUAUGGGUUUAGGGAAAACAUUUCAAUUAAUAUCAUUUCUUCAUACCGUAUUUAAACAUAGUGAUAUAACACGUACAUAUACUUGUCUUAUACUUUGUCCUGUUAAUGUUAUAUGUAAUUGGGCAGCUGAAUUUUCUCAUUGGUUAUCAGGUGUUCGUCCAUCGAUAAAAGUUUAUCAAUUUUCAUUAUUUAAAACAAAAUCAUCACGUUGGGAAAGUUUAGAAAAAUGGAAUAAAAAAGGUGGUGUUAUGUUGAUGGGUUAUGAAAUCUAUCGUCGUUUAUCAAAUGAUAAUGAUUAUAAUUUUUUCUUAUGUGAUCCCGGUCCAGAUAUAAUUGUUUGUGAUGAAGGUCAUGUACUUAAAAAUGCGAAUGCAGGAAUAUCAAAAGCAUUAAAUAAAAUUCGUACACAACGACGUAUUAUAUUAAGUGGUACACCAUUACAAAAUAAUCUUAAAGAAUAUUAUUAUAUGGUUCAUUUUGUUAAACCACAUUUAUUGGGUACUUAUCGUGAAUUUAAAAAUCAAUUUAUUGAUCCUAUUCGAGGUGGACAACAUAAAGAUUCAAAUAUAUAUGCUGUACAAUUAAUGAAACGACGAGCUUUUGCUUUACAUGAACGUUUAAAACAUUGUACACAUCGUCGAGAUUUUCAUGUUCUUCGAAGAUAUUUACCAGAAAAAUAUGAAUAUGUUAUUAAAAUAUAUAUGGGUGAUUUACAAAAACAACUCUAUGAUAAAUAUUUAAAAAUACAAAACAUUGAUCCAUCUGCUGGUUUUAAUACGGCUAAAUUAUUUGCUGAUUAUCAAUAUUUAAUGAAAGUUUGGACACAUCCAUGGUUAUUACGACCACAUUUUAUUGAUCGAUGGAAAAAGCAACAGAAAAAAGAUGCAGAUGAAUUAGAUAAAAUCGAUCCAUUUUUUAAUGAUAUUAUUGCUGGAUUAUCAGAAGAUGAAACUGCAGGUGAAGAAGAACAAACAAAAAAACAAUCUACAGGAAAUAAACGACCAUCAACAAAAACAAAAACUGCUGGUUCUAAUCAUCAUCGACAUAAACAUGAUGAUGAUGAUGGUAAUACAAGUUCAAACUCAUCAUCAUCAUCUACGUCGGAUUUUUUGGCUUUAUUUAAUAAUACUACUUGGAAACAACAUGCAUCAACAUCAUCAACAGCAUUAUCACGUCCUUCAACGACAUCAACAGUAUCUCAUUCAACAAAUGAUCCAUGUCAAAAAGCAAUGCAUGAUGAAUGGUGGUUUUCAUUUUUUGAAGAUACAGCUGAAUAUGAUAUAAGUUUAAGUGGGAAAUUAACAUUUCUUAAAACAUUACUUGAUGAAUGUGAACAAAUUGGUGAUAAAGUAUUAUUAUUUAGUCGUUCACUUUUUUCACUUUCAUAUUUGGAACAAUAUCUUAAAUAUUGGGAUUCAAUUGCAAGUGGAAAAAAAAUUCAAGCAGAUGAUUUUGAUGCUAAAGUUAAAGCAAAUAGUCGAUGGAAAUUUGGUAUUGAUUAUUUUCGUAUUGAUGGUAGUACGGAUAUUGCUACACGAACUAAUUAUAUAACUAAAUUUAAUGAUGAUGUUAAUAUUCGUUCACGUCUUUUUAUUGUUUCAACAAUGGCUGGUGGUGUUGGUAUUAAUUUAACUGGUAGUAAUCGUGUUGUUAUUUUUGAUUGUAGUUGGAAUCCUUCUUCGGAUUUACAAGCUUUAUUUCGUUCGUAUCGUUUGGGACAGAAAAAAACCACAUAUGUUUAUCGAUUAUUAAGUAAAGGUUCUAUGGAAGAGAAAAUUUAUUUCCGUCAAGUUAAUAAACAAGCUAUGGCUCAACGUGUUGUUGAUGCUCAACAACUUGCUCGACAUUUUACUGAAAAUGAAUUACGUGAACUUUAUUCAUUUAAAAUGGAUGAAGAAGAACCACAAGAAUAUCUGUCCAAACGUUUACCAGAUGAUAUUAUUUUAAAACAUUGUAUAGAUAAAAAUCCUAAAUUAGUACAAAAUAUUCUUGAACAUGAUUCUUUACUUGAAAAUCAUGUAGAAGAACAAUUAACACGUGAAGAAAAAUAUUAUGCUCUUAAAGAACUUGAACGUGAUGAACGACAAGCUGAAUAUCAAUCAAACGUCGCUAAAACUUUAGCGGCACUUGGACAAAAUAAUAAUCAUAAUAUUAAUAAUAGUAAUAUUAAUUUUCCACAAAGUAAUUCCGAUUCAAGUUCUAGUGAGUCAAGAAAAGAUCGAAAAUUAAUUACAAUACCACCUAUAAAUCAAUUUAAUCCAUAUCAACCACCAGCACCUAUGUGCGCACAAGCUCGUGCUGGUAUGUCAACAGCACAAGAAGCACGUGGUCUUGAACGUUUAACUGAAUUAUUAUUUCCAAAAGAAGCUCCGCCACUUCCUCCUGGUAAAGCAGCUGAGUUACCACCAUUAAAAGACUUAACUGAUAUGCCUGUUUCGAAAGAUGAAAUAGCUGAUAUUGAUCUUGAUGAUGAAGAAUUUGAUCCACGAACAAAAAAAGAAAAACAAAAAGCUCUAUUACAAGAACAACGAGCACUUGUUAAAUUAUAUAAUGAUAAGAAAAAAUUAUUAAAUCCUCCAAGAGUUCCGAAAGUACUAAAACGUCCUAAGAAGACUGUACCAGUUAGUACAUCAUUUGUUACAAAUCCAUAUCAAUUUAUGCCACUUACACUCAAUCCAUUUGAUAUGCCACCUAAUAUGCAAAAACGUCCAGAUUAA